AUGGCUCAACUUGCUAAGACGGCCGUUGCUGCCCUUUCCAAAAGACUCGUGGCUCCAACCGCUGUGGCUCGCCGCACGAUGGCCACCGAAGCCUCGCCGGAAGACUACGGAUACUACCCGGAUCCACUCGAGCACGCCACUGGACGUGAAAAGAAGAUGCUCCUCGCUCGUCUCGCCGGAGAUGACGUGAGUUCCUUGUCCAAAUUAGAAAAAAUAUUUGCGAGUGUUUGAGAACAGAUUUUCCGCCAACAAAAUAACUUCCCAAUGAUGUCUACUUAGCUAAUUGUGAACCAUCUCAUUCUGCAAAGAUACGUCUUUUCAGAAUAGAAGAUGGCACUGAACGUACUCUGUCGAAGCUUUCUGAGGGAGUUAGUGAAAUGUUCCAGAAAUUGAUUAGAAACUAAUGACAAGCAACUGAAUGGUAUUCUUUAUCAAUUCAAUUUCAGCGUUACGAGCCAAAGGUGUACUACCGUGCUGAAGCUUCGACCAAGCAGAAGCCAAAUUUGGUCCCAUCUCACUACGACUUCAGAAUCAUCGGAUGCAUGUGUGAGUUUCAUUUUUGAGAAAGUUCUUGCAAAGUGAAAACAUCGGGGUUUUGCAGGCGAACAGGACUCCGGACACGUCAACUUCAUGACUAUCCGCAAGGGAGAGCCAAAGAGAUGCGAGUGCGGACACUGGUUCAAGUCCGUUGACGCCGACCCAGAAUCCAUCUAA